AUGGAGACGCCCUACGGGGUCCCGGAGGGGCCAAGCCGCGGAGCACGCGCAGCCGCGGGGAGGGCGGUGCGCCUGCGCCAGCCGCGGAGGCGCGUCCCAGCGCGCUCCGGAGAGUCGGAUGCGCGAGGAGGACCCUUGCGGCCGCGAGAGCCAGCAGAGCCUGGGCGGGGCGCGCUCCACUCCGCCCAGCGGCCUCCAGGGCCCGCGAACCCUCCCGGGGUCCUGACCUCGCUUCUGCCCCGCGCCCGCCUGGCUCCUCCGAGGGUCCCGGGAUCGCCGCCGUCACGCGGACACCACCACCGGGGGAGCACGGAGCCCCGCGUGGGCCGGGGCCAAGCAGGACUCCCUCUGCCGCCGGACGCCCAGGCAGACGCAGGACCCCCGGGGGCGCCGUUGCGGGGAUCGAGGGGGCGGACCUUCCGCGCCGCGGAGCUGGCUGGACGGCCUCCGAAGGCUGUUAGUCCACGGCUGUGCUGGAGCAGGCGGCGCCGAGGGGAAGCUGCCGGGGACAGGGGGCGUGGGCACAAGCAGGAAGCCGGGAGGACGGACCGGCCCUGGCGACGUCCUGCAGAAGAAGUUGGCACCGUCCAUCGCAGGACCGCACACCUGCCUCCCACCAGCGAGGUGCCUCCACACAGCCUUUUGGGGCUCUGCAGCGCUGAUGUGUGUUACACUGGGUGCUCGGGGCUCUCGUGCAGCCACCCCCUGAGAAGUGCAGAAGUGUCCAAGUCCAUCCUCUGGGGGAUCCUCAGGUAACUGUUGCAGAGGUGAUUUUCUUUCUCAACUUCCUGUCGUAGAGGUGGGAGACUUGCCCUGGGUCCAGUUUUAGGUGAUGCUCUUGGCUGUUGUUCCCCCACUCCCUUUGGGCAGUUUUAGACUCUUCGACCCUCAGGGACUGCAUUUCCCAGCCACUUGCCUGUUUCUGGACCCAGAGCCCCGCAGGUCCAAGGUGUCUAUCCUGCACGCUGUUCUGUGUCUUCCUUCCGCCUUUGGUCUGUGGAAGGGUUAGGGUUUUUAAUGCUUUCUUUUUAAACAUCUCUGUCGUGGCCGUGGAUGGAGGGAACGGUGGAAGGGUCUGUGCGCGCAAACCGAGGGCGCCUGCUUCCCCAGAGAAAGUGUUUUAUGCACAAUGGACAAUAAGAGCAUUUUGUUCUGUUUUAAUUUUUCCUGUUUAAUUUCUUGGUAUGAAGAGGCUGUAAGUUAUGUUUGGUAGAUUCCUGGUAACUAACAUCCUUCUGUAUCCAAAGAAAAGCAAAAUAAAAAAUAUGUGUUUUUUAAA